UGUUGAUAUUUUGUGAGAAGAUUUCAAGCUCGUUCCAUGUGACUAAAGAAACAAUAAAAAUAGAUACACACAUAAAGCCUGGUGUAUUUUGGAAAGCCGUCCAUUUAAAGAUGAAGCACAUGCGAUUACCUAGACGUGCAUCAGCUCCAUGCAGUGUGCAACAUCAAGUUGUCAAGUCAAAACGAUCUCUGAGCCUUGAUGACAUAGAAGAACUGAACGAAGACCAGAAACAAGAUCUGAAAGAGGCUUUUGGAAUGUUCGUUUCACGAAAAGGAAAGAUGUCAGCACGAGACCUUGGUUCGUUUCUACGCUGUCUUGGAUGGAAUCCGUCGGAAAGAGAUUUGGAAGAAGCGAGACAAGAGUUAGACGUCGCAGCAAGUGGUCGUCUGACAUUUGCGGAAGUGGAAAAGUUUGUCCGGAAACGUGGUGGGAUUUAUACAAAAUCAGAAGAAGAAUGCGACAUCAUUGAAGCGUUUAAGGUCCUUGAUAAAGACGGCUCUGGGAAGAUAUCGAUUCGCGACUUCCGGCGUUGCAUGACGACUUUAGGAGAUAAAAUGUCUGACGAGGAAGUUGAGGAAAUAUUGCACUUUGCUAAAACAAAAGAUGGAGAGUUCAUAAACUACGCAGAAUUCUUCCAAAAGUGUCAGGAUUAUAGUUCCGACGAGGGUUGACCAUAAACGAGCACCAAAAUUGUUUACAAAGAUCAAUAUAAAUUGUCCAUAUCGACAACCAAUUUCAUGUCCGUUGGAAAACGAAUACAGUUUGGACUGGUUGCUUAGAUUAGAAGACUUUACACGUAGAGGAGACAUAUUUGUAGUGGAACCAGUAGACCGGAAGUUUAGACGUAGAAACAUCGACCAUUUUUUGUGCUUUUAAAACAUUUGCACAAACUGCACUGAAUACAUUUUGAACAAUUGCAUAUUGCCAUUUUCCAAGUUGACACUUGCCAAUUUUAUUGUAUUGAAUUAAUAGUAUUGAUUUACGUUAAUUUUUUUUUUUGAAAAGUAAACAAAAAUAUUACAAAAUUGAUUAUGUCGGGUAAUGAUUAUUUAUAUUUUAAGGGUAAUCUACUAAUUAAAGGUAUCUAUAUACAACUUGACGAUUACCCGAUUUAAUAAUAGUAAAGUUGUGCAGCAUUUUCAAAGUGAAUGUUUCAACAUGGCAUAUAACGAAGGUUUUGGAAUUUUUCGAGCGUCUUGCGUACAAAAGUAUAACCCUUGUAUAUGUGGUGUGUAUGUUUUUUUCCUUAAAGUUUAUUAGGGUUUUUUUUCUUCAAAAAUUUAAGACAACAAAAAAGCAAAAACUGAGAAGUUUGAUAUAUAUUUUUUAAACGUGCAAUAACAGUAUAAGAACUAUCGAUACAAAACAAACACACAAACAAACAAACAAACAAUCAAAUAAUUUAUGAGGUUUGUUUUAUUUACUGUAUCAAAUGUUACAUAUUGUUUUCCAGUAUGAUUUUGUCAAAAAAACAAAAACAUAACUGAGAAAUAGACAGUACACGAGUCUGAAAUUGCACUGUAAAACCAAAUUUGAGCUCGACCGAAUAGUCAUAGAUUUCCGAAUCUUUGGAGGCAUGCUAUCACGAGUAUUGUUUUUCAAAACGGUCCUCUAAUUAAAAUUUUGGAAAUUAUUUCAUUUCAGACCACACGUUUAGGAAUUAUAUAUUGAAAAUUUUUUUUCAGAAAGAAUUGAUUUACUACUAAUCUUUAUGGUUGUAUAAUUCGCCGUUUCGGAAUCUAAUGCAUUCUGGGAAAUAUUUUAAAAAGUGUACACCAAAUUAAGCGUCGUGAUUGGUUAAAAUCGUUCUAAACAAUUGAAAUUCAACUAAGAAAUGACGGUUUUUUUUCCACUUUGGGGCACGAACAGUGAAAACUACCCAUAGGUCUUUAGAUUUUUAAACGGUCAAUUGUUAAUGAUCAUUUCGUACAAUACAGCUUAUUUCAGAUUAAGGGACAAACUGAAUAAUAAAAUAACCAUACCUUCUUACAUGUAAUGGCAAACAACAAUUUUCUGUCAUUUAAAUGAAUUAAUCAAAAGAGUAUCGUUUUUCUUGGUUAACCAUGCACUUUCGUAUUAUUUCAAAUUAAUCAAAUGUGAAUACAGGAAACCAUACAUGUACAUAUUCAACUUUAAUGUUGCAAGUUGUGUUUUUAUGUGGUAAUGAAUGAUUCAUUUGAAUGCAAUACAUUAUAUAGAGGAUGGAUGCAAUGUUAUCGAGAAGACUAAGUAGAAAUACUUGUAAAACAGUCAUAAUGUUAAAUAUCGUACUUUUUUAAUCUCGAUUUUUUAACAUCGAAACAAAGGCAAACAUAGGCCAGUAACGGAAUCAAAAUAUUUGUUUUAUACUUUUUUGUUUGUUCGUGUAAUGAUCAGUGUUGAAACACAUAUUAUACGACUGUUAUUGAAUUGAUCAGUCAUCUUUUUGUGAUUCUACCACUACACGUAGGUUAUUCUCAAUCAAGUUUUUGAGAAAGAAGAAAAAACAUUAGAAGCAAAGUACAAGUUGUGUCCUUAAAACAUAUCAAAGUUGAGAGACCAUUUAUUAGAUCACAUUUUCUUCAAGGUGAACUAAAGGUUAUUUCUAAAUAUAAUGACAUUCCAUUGAGUAUUUGUAUCAUAAAAGGGGAUAAUAUGAAUAACAAGCACUCAUAAAACCCACAUAUUACAUUCCUCUAUAAUUAGCAUUUUCCAAUAUCAAUACUUAAGUUGACACAUUGAUUCAAGACGUUCUAUUAAUGAAACUUCCACGAAUAUAAGAUGUCUUCCGAUCGCUUGGAUUGCAAAAUAGCAGAAAAUUGG